CGAGAACACGGAACGCCAAGGAUAAAGGAAAGCGAAGAAGCAGAGGAGGAAGAGGAGAAGGAUUUGUUAUAGGGUUUCCUCAUCCGGUUGAUCUCUCGGAAGGGGAAGCGGCAGGAGGGAGGGCAAGAUGAAGACGACCAAGGGAGGGAAGGUGAUGAACCCUACCGACGCUUACCGGAAGGAGCUCCGCAAGAAGGAGCUCAAGCGGAACAAAAAGGAAAGAAAGAAGGUGCGCGAGGUUGGGAUCUUGAAGAAGGACCCUGAAGCUAUUAGGGAGCAAAUUGAGAAGUUGGAAAAAAUGAAGGCAGAUGGUGCUCUUGACAAGGCAAGGAAGCAUAAGAAAAGACAACUCGAGGAUACCUUGAACCUAGUGUUGAAGAAACGAAAGGAGUAUGAAGAGAAAAUGAGGGAAAAAGGUGAAGCACCAGUGAUGUUUAGCCACUUGGGGCCCCCUCGAAGAAGAACAAAUGCAGAGGAAGAGGAAAGGGUUAGACAUCCAAAGCCUGAGGACUCUGUUUACUAUCAUCCUACAUUAAACCCAACAGGGGCACCGCCUCCUGGAAAACCUCCAAUGUACAAAUCAUCUAUAGGACCCAGGAUCCCAUUGCCUGCUUCUUCAUCUGUGCCACCACCGCCACCUCCACCUCCACCACCUUUACCAAGUGUUGAUGAACUGACUUCUCGUGAUGACACUACCAUACCCCCAUCCGUACCUUUGCCUCCCCCACCACCAGCUCAACUGAAGGCUGUUGACAAUUUAAGUGCAUCAUUACCACCACCGCCUCCUCCAGGACCCCUGCCCAAAGAACCAGCUCCAGCUUCAACUUUGCUGCCUACCCCACCACCACCACCCCAACAGCCUUUACAACCACCUCCACCGGGCACCACAGCGAAGGAAGCUGAUAAAGUUGCAGACUCAUCAGAUAGGCCAGUAUUAAAAGAUUCUAAUAUGAUUACAGCCGUACUUCCUCCGCCACCGCCCCCUGGACUGCCACCAAAAUCAGCAAACCACCAAACUGAUUCCACGUCAUCUGAAUCUGUCCCCAACAAUGCUCCAAGCUCAAAUGAAAGUUCAAAUAUGGCUCCAUUGCUGCCACCACCUCCAAGACAGCCACCACCUAUGACUCAUAGGAUUCCUCUGAUAAAUCCUUUGCAACCUGAUAUGACGCCUCAUGGCAUUGCACACUUUCCUCCUGAUUUGAGACCGCCACUGGUAGUUCCUGGUAUUUCUGGGAGACCUCUGCCGCCUCCUCCUCCAGGAAUUAUUCCACCAACAAUUGCUAGGCCAAUGUUUGCUGCACCUCCAGGACCACCACCUUAUCCGAGGCCCCCAUUUCAGCCAGGUCCCCUGAUCCAACAUGAAGAUGAUUUUGAUGCCUUGAGGCCUUCAGUGCCUCAGAAGCCAUCGUUUGUCAAGUCAGCAGCAUCAACUGUUGUCAAGAGACCAUUAGCACAGCACAAUCCAGAACUAACAGCUAUGGUUCCUGCAUCAGUGCGCGUGAGGCGAGAGACUGCUGCUCCGAAAGCCAAACCAAAGCCGCAGCCCUCUGCUGCAAUGGGCCCGGCUACAAAACCUUCCGCUCUAACAUCUGCUGGGAAACCAGAUACAGCAACCACAUCAGCCCCCAAGUUGCAGAGUAUGGAUGACUCAUACAUGGCCUUCCUGGAGGACAUGAAGGCCCUCGGUGCCCUCGAUGAGUAGGGCUUACUGUUACCAGGGAGAUGAGGCAAAACUGGUAUUUUCCCUUGUCAAUAUACUCAACAGAAAAAAAAGAACAUUGUCAAUUAAUUGUAAAGGCAGCUGUUGCCCCCAUCCCAUUAUUGUUCCACCUGGAAUCAUCUUUCUUGGCUUUUUCCCGAGACGAGUCAUGUAACCUGAUUGCGCCCACCAUUGGUUUCUGGCUUGGCCUAUAAACAAAUUGUGAUCAGGUUGAAUUCUCGCAUGUUUUCAACAGAAACGUGUAUGGCAACUACACUAAAUUGUUACUGCUGUGCGGAUCAUUUAGCUGUCAUAUUUUUUAGUUA